UUAAAGUCGGUCAAUCAAUUUUGUAAUAUUCGUAAAAUCUCUUUGGUUUUUCAUUACCUUUCGUUAUUUCAGUUCCAUUUUUACCGUAAUAUCUUCUCAUUUACACAGGUGCCAUCAAGUGGACUCUUUAAAUUGUCAAUAGUAUCGAAUAAUAGUAAUGAUUACAACUUGGAAUAAAUAUUUAUCAGUAUCCUUUUUACUAUUCAUAUUACUCAUACAACACAUUAAGUGUUGUGAUAUUCCGCCCGAAUUAUGGUGUGAUAGCCUUGAAUCAGCUAAACGUUGUAAUGUGAUACAACAAUGUGAUCAAUUUCGAAAUAUGAAAUUACCGAUGAAAUUAAGUUUGUACUAUGAAGCAUUAUGCCCAUAUUGUCAACGUUUUAUUGUAAAACAUCUUGGAAAUAUUUACAAUCAAUUCCAUCGAUUUAUUAAACUUGAAAUGAUACCAUGGGGAGGUUCGAAAUUUCUUCCAGAUGGUACCAUACGAUGUAGACAUGGUUCAAUUGAAUGUGAAGCUAAUAAACUCCAAAGUUGUGUGCUGGAAUAUGCAGAAAUGAAGCAUGCUUUGGCUUUUAUCAUUUGUUUCGAACGAUCUCUCCUCCGUAAUACCGGUGAUAUAAAAUCCGCAAUUAAACACUGUUCCGGUUUUAUCCGUAAUCGUUACGAACAAAUUAGAAAGUGUUAUCAUUCAAAACGUGGUAUACAAUUACAACAAAAAGCAUUUUAUCGUACGAUGUCCGCUAAACCAAAUCGUAUUUCGGAAGUACCGUAUUUGCUUAUUAACGAUUAUAGUCCAAAUCCGGAUUCCAAUAAUCUGAAUAUAAAUGCUACACUACUAUUGUUGAAGAAAUGGAAGCGUAUGUUUCGUGUUUAAUCAAUUGGAUGAUCCCAUCAUGAACGGCAUCAUAUAAUUGUUAUUUGAAUUCCACAUUUGAAAUACCUGAACUAUCUCUAGUAGAUAUGUAUUGUUGUUUAUGUAACGAUUUUGCUUAUUCAUUAUAUAGCAUCAGAUAUAUCCUAGGUUUCCUGAAAUCAAAAAUUUAAAUUGGAC